AUAUUAAAUGAUAAUAAUAUAAUAUUCAUGUUUUUAAAUUUUCACCGCAAUUUUAUAAUUUUGCUUUGAUGAAUUUUUUAAUAUAAAAUCUGAAAAUCAAGUCAUCGUCUAUCAAUAGAUCAAUAUUCACGACUACUUGUAAUUUCUGAUGAAUCUUGGAAUGAAGUGUUUAGAGAUGACUUAGUUUUGUUUGGAAUGUUUUAUUUUAUUCAUAGCAGUUUUAUAAAAAUAAAUAUGAAGUGUCCCAAAUGUAGAUGACCGCAACACGCCGUUGUCACUAUGAAGUGUGUUAUACCCAGACAGAAUUUGAAAAUUCUAUCGCGAGCAUUAAACACAAUGUGUCGCAUUGGAGAAGAUUUAUAUAUUGAGCCCAAUCCAUCACAAUUAGUCAUGCAUACCACCAAUAGUUGGCACACCGUAUAUGCAUGGUUUACAUUUGAUUCGUCAUUUUUCUCUAGUUAUUAUUUUACUGAAGACGACGAACAAAACAGUGAAAAUUCAUUAAAAUGUAAAAUAUCGCUCAAGUCAUGUAUUACAAUAUUCAAAUCUCCACAUUUAUCUCGCUGCUUGGAGUCAUGUCAUAUGGAAAUUAAAAGUAAUGCAGAUACAAUAACUAUUCAGUUACGUUAUUCAAAUUUUUGUGUUAAAACUCAUUUGAUACCAGUUUUAGAAUAUUCAGCAUUGCAAGUGAAUCAAAAUGUUGAUACUAGUCAUGUACUUUGUAUUGAUUCCAAGGUGUUAUUUGCUGCUGUUAAACAUUUCCAAAAUAGUGAAAACGACAUUACAUUAAUUGUGACUGCUGCAAAAGUGAUAUUAAAAACUCAUUCAGAAUCUUGUCGAGACAUAAGACAAAUGUUAAGGACUGAAUUGAACUUGCAGUCAUCAGAAUUUGAUGUUUAUGAUGUUGGCGAAGACUGCUCUCUUACAUUUUCUCUUAAAGAAAUACGACCUUUGUUGGCUUUUGCAGAGCAUAUGACAUUACCAGUUAUUAUUCGUUUUAGUUCUCCUGGAAUGCCUAUGAUAUUUGGACUUAAAAAUGGCUUAACAUUUGAAAGCCAGUACAUAUUAUCAACAAUGAAUGAAAAUGCACUAUCGGGAGAUGCUAAUUCCAUACGUUUAAAUAUUAAUGCCAUUGAAAACACUCAGAGUAGUAAUGGGCAGUCAGAAAAUCUGUUACCCAAUACAAAUCGAACGCAAAUAGCGAGUUCUAAUUUACGAACUCCAAUGCGAGUACAAGUCGAGUAUCCAGAUAGUAUUUCUAGAAAACGCAAACAUCAGCCAACUAAUCAACAACCAUCAAAAAUAGCCAAUUCUACUUCAGUUAUUGAGCAGUUUAGAGAAGAAUGUAUAGAAGAAGAUAUUUUAUUAUCUCAGGUUGCUGACUUCCAUGUCAAUAAUGAAGCAAUUACAAGAAAUGUCAACAAGACUAGUAAUUUAACACAAGAAUUUUCUGACACAGCACUUGUAUUUGCCAGAUGUCAUUCGUUACCUAUUAGAAAUUCUCCUAGUAAAGGAAAGGGAAAAGUGCUAGUGUAUGAUUCAGAUGGACUUGUAGAUGAUUCUGAUUAAUUAUUGUACCUAUUGAAUUGUUAAAAAAAAAUUUAAAUGUAUUUAUUUGUUUAUUGACUGCUCAAGUCUUAUGUUAAAUAAACUAAAAAAAUUAAUUGCAUUGUAAUAAUUAAGUUUAAAUAUUUUUUAAACUAAACAUUACAUGUUCAAUGAAGUCUUCUGGUGAAUUUUACAUUUUAAAAUAAAUUAUUAGUAAAAAUAGUUGUGUUUUUAAUUAUUAGGUAGGUACUAGGUACUGCAAAUUUUAUUUUACCGGCUUAGCUCUUUUAAUGUGUAAAAUUAAUAUAAUUAGUAUUAAAAGACAGUUCAAAAUAACAAUAAAUUGGGCUCGGUAGUUUUAGGGGUUGCAUAUUGUUCUAUUCAGAUUAUAUUUACUCUAUAUUGUAAAAGCAACUCCCGAUUUUUUGUCACACAUACAAAUCCACACCGUUCAACGUAUUGUCACCAAAUAUUUUACUGUUAUACCUCACAGUUUGCUGGAGGUUUUAAUACCACUUUUGUUAAGGAACAUGUCCAAUAUUUUGAAAUUUUUAGAUUUUUACAGAAAUAUGUUAUUUGUAUCUAAAUUUUAAACAUACUAAUUGGUGUGAAAACGAAACAUAUCUACGUGUUCCUAUGUAGUAACAGUAUGUGUAUCUUUAUUUUGAAAGGGAAUUUAGGGAAUAUAAUAAGUUACGCGAAAUACAUUUUGUGUCUCUUCGGUAAAAUUUGAAUUUCGACGUUUAUGUUUUAUAUAUUAUAAUAUAGUAAAAUAAUUGUUUAAAGUGUAAAGUUAAGCAAUUGCUCACGACCUACCUCAGAAUGUGUAUAAUAUGUAGAAUCGACGAUGAAUCAAUUAUUAUUGUCGACGUAUAUGAGAUGUGAUAACGGCUCGGUGCUUUGAUAUUUGUUGUUCAAAAUUGAUAUUUUACACUUUACAGUACUUAUUUAAAAAAUUUAUUUUAGUUUAUAAAGAUUUUCGAAAUGUUGAAUAAUUAUAUUUAAUAUUAUUUUCAUGCA